AUGCCCUUGGAAGAGAUGGAACUGGUGCAACCUAUUGGUACGAUGCGAAUACUAAAGCACAGAGUCACAGAUUGUACAGGGAAACAAUCACAUCAGUCUCAACUCCAAACCGAAAAUUUAUCAUCUAGCAAGUCUCAUGUGGAAGUUUUUAUUGGCAAGAAGCUUCAGAGUGAAGCUAUUCCUGUUCUUGAGAAAAUUCAAAAGAAGAAAGAAAAAGCAAUGAAACAAAAAGAGAGACAGGAUAAGCUCUUAAAAGAUUUUCACAACUCUUAUUCUUCUGGAAAUGCACGCCUUUGUCGCACUCGAAGGCCUGUUAAUUACAGUUUUGAAGCAUAUGAUUAUGUUAUCGUUCCUUUCAAUGGAAGUGGUUUUUGA